UCUUCUCCUUCCUUCCUUCCGGUAGUAUAAACCGACUGACCGGCCGGCUCCCCCGACCACAACGCGCAAGCAGCCACCAUUCCCACCUCCUCCCGGAACCGACCGGCGAUGAUGGCGCGGAAGGAGGACCACCACCACCACCACCUGCGCGCGCUGGCGGCGCGGGCGGUCACGGACUCGCUGCGCGCGGCGGCGUCGCGCGCCACCGACGCCGACCGCGCCGCGCGCUUCGAGGACUGCGUGAGGAACCUCGAGGCCGAGAAGGCCAAGAUGGAGGUCUUCCGACGGGAGCUCCCCAUCAGCGUCCACCUCGUCGCCGACGUGAUCGAGUGGCUCAAGGAGGAGCUGGCGCAGCACCGCCGCCUGGCCCCGUCCCCGGCCCCGGCGCCGGAGCUCUUCGCGCCGGCGCCGACCUCUCCAGCACCGGCGGCGAAGAGGAAGGCGGCGGCGCCGGAGGGGGGAGCCGUCAAGGCGGAGGCCGACGCCAACGACAAGCGCAGCUGGAUGAGCUCCGCGCAGCUCUGGAGCUGCGGCGGGGGCCACGACGGCAGCAGCAGCAGCACCGCCACCAACAAUGGCGCCGCCGCCGCCGCGAAGCCGGCGCAUAAGGUGUCCGACGCAUUCAUGCCGCUGAGCGGCCUGCCGACGCUGGCGAGAUCACCGGACGACGCGGCGGAGAAGCCCACGGCCGUGCCGGUCCCCGAGCUGACCCUCUCGUCCCCGGCGAUCGACGCCGCCUGCCCGGCUGCCCCGAGCGCCACCAGCAGCGCCGUCACGGACGGCGGCGGCGCGGCGCAGCGCCAGCACCAGCAGCAGCAGAGGAAGGCCCGGAGGUGCUGGUCGCCGGAGCUCCACCGCCGGUUCGUCGCGGCCCUCCAGCGGCUCGGCGGCGCGCAAGUGGCCACGCCGAAGCAGAUCAGGGAGCUGAUGAAGGUGGACGGGCUCACGAACGACGAGGUGAAGAGCCACCUGCAGAAGUACCGGCUGCACACGCGGCGUGCGUCGUCGUCGGACGGCGGCGGUGGCGACCACCACGCGGCGUCGGCGGCAGCGGCGGGCCUGUGGUCGUCCGCCGCGCCGGAGCAGCAGUACACGACGUCGCAGCACAGCACGUCGCAGUCGGGGUCGCCGCAGGGGCCCCUGCAGCUGACGGUGUCGAGCCGGGCCAUGUCAGCAACCGCCGGGGACAGCUGCGACGGCGACGAGGCGGAGGGCGGCAGGUCCGAGAGCUACAGCUUCGGGAUGCAGCAGCAGCACGGGACCAAGGCGGCCUCGUCUUGAAAAUCUUUGAUUUGAUCCAUGGAACAGCAGCAGUAUAGAAGAAGAAGAUGAUCCAGCAUAUGCGUAUGAUGCAUCAGAUGGCAACCAACACCGCAGAUGAUGAGGAAUUUUGUGUACAGUCGUUGAGAGGAUUCUUUUUUUUCUUUUGCUGAUGAACUGAUGCGAGAGUGAUUGUUCAGAGUGUUGUUUGUAGGAUCGCGUGAGAUAUGAGAUGUCGUUAAAUUACAGUGUACAAUCUUCAGGUUGUCAUCGUCGUCGUCGAGACCGAUGGAUUUUUCGCAUCUGCGAUGAGUUUUUGCUGGCCAUGUCGCCUGACCUGCAACUGUC